AUGAUAUCAAAGGUUUUAUUGGAACUAUGUAACUCUUUACAGGUAUUUGAAUAUUAUUCACAACACGUGUAAUUUUAAGUAGCAAAUUGUGGAAUGUAUUAAUAAAUAACAACAUAUAGACAAACAAAUAUAAAUGUAUAUUAAUAAAUUAACGAUGAUCCUUUAACAAUCUCUUAUCAACAGUGAAUUUGUGAACACUUGAAUAUUCAGAGAAAACACAUUAUUUGUUCAUAAGACAGGUGUAACAUUUAUAUUUGGCUGGCGCCGGUCCAUCGAUGUGAGUGGGACUUUCUGGUCUGUUGUAAUGCUCCAAGCACGGUAACCUUUCCAAUACUUCUUCAUCUUCCUUAUACUCACUCCUUACGUCUUUCCAGUAUCUGAACAAUUGGCUCGUUGAUAGCUUGAGCAACAUUUCUUUCGGAAGAGAAUGGACUAAUUCGGGCGUUAAUUCGAUGUUCAUUAUGCCGAAUUUGAUCGUAAAGUAGUGAUAAUCUAAAGUUGGUACAAACGCCUAGUAGAUAAGUGGAUUGAAUAAAAAUAGAUAGAUAUAAAGAUAAAAAUACUUUUUAAUAAAAGGCUUUUGUACUAUGAGAACUCCGUGCGUUAUUUGCAAAUUUAUUGGAGCCGGAGAUUUUAAUAUGUUACAACACAAAAAUACUACUUAAAAGUUUUAAAAAACAUUUCAAUAAAGAUAUUUUUUAAUUCUUUUAUUUGCUUUGUUUACAUGAUUGUUGUCAAUGUCAUUGUCUUCUGUCAUUGUCACCUGUCAUGAUUUGACAUUCACCUUCUUUUAACUUUUCGUCCUCAGUUGUGGAGAACGUUAGAUCUUGCAAUUUCAUAUUUUCGAAAACAGGUUUUACAGUUUGAAUUUUCGAAUUGCCACACGAGGGACAAAGAUAAAUAACCCGGCUACCCGGCUGUCAACCAGCUGACCGUGGCGGCUCGCCAUUGGUCGACUCGGAAGAACGUAAGUUUCAGCAGAACAUGAUGUCAUGUUACAUCUCAUUCUCUAGCCCCGUUUGCGCGUAAUACAGAAAGAGAACACCGACGAACAUAUUUCGGGUAUUUUGAGAUUUAUCUGCGAGCGCGAGCCAACUUCAACCUGUCUUGUUCCAUUCAUCAUUUCAGUUGAUGAGUUUGAGUUUUGGUUUUACUUCUGUUGUGUGCGGUCAGCGAUUUUCUGGAAAGAAAAUAUUUAACAGCAAAACAAUGAAAUUUAUUUUAGUUCUCGUAACUUUCGUAGGCAUUUGGGCGUACGUCAGUUGCGACGACAAAAAGGGCCCCAAAGUAACUGAUAAAGUAUGGUUCGACAUCAAAAUAGGCGACCAAGCAAUAGGACGUAUCGAAAUCGGUUUAUUCGGCAAAACCGUGCCAAAAACCGUAGAAAAUUUCAAACAAUUAGCUUUAAAACCUGUUGGGGAGGGUUACAAGGGUAGCAAAUUCCACAGAGUCAUCAAGGAUUUCAUGAUUCAAGGAGGCGAUUUCACUAGAGGCGAUGGAACUGGAGGUCGCAGCAUCUACGGUGAACGUUUCGCCGACGAGAAUUUCAAGCUGAAGCACUUCGGCGCCGGUUGGCUUUCGAUGGCCAACGCCGGCAAAGACACCAACGGUUCGCAGUUCUUCAUCACGACCAAGCAAACCCCUUGGUUGGACGGGCGCCACGUGGUGUUCGGUAAGAUCGUCAAAGGAAUGGAUGUCGUUAGAAAAAUCGAAGCUACUGACACAGACAGCCGUGAUAAGCCGUCCAAAGACGUUGUGAUCGCCGAUUGUGGCGUCGAAGCCGUUCCCGAACCGUUCGGAGUUGAAAAGGCCGAUGCCGAAGAAUAAUAAUGCUAGUGUAAAUGUAAAUACAUUGCUAUGAUCUAAUUUUAAGGUUUUUACUUAAAAUGCCUAUUAAUAGAUUAGGUAUUUUUUUAGUAUUUGUUUUAUUUGGCUUAUUUUUAGUGCUUGUUUUGGGUUUUGUAAACCCAACAUCCCUCUUUCUAGGUACCCUACAAAAAUCUUUUUAAACAGUCUUUAAAUAAUCCAAAUUGCACUUUUCGAUAGAGGUAACUACUUCAGUGUACUGGCAAAAAAACCUUUUACAUUUCUUUAAAGUUGUGCUCAUUAUAAACAUAUUUAAUUUAAAGGCGAGUUUAUACAAAAAGUACAUUAUGACUAUUAGGAACACUAUUCCCAUUUCUGUGAUACAGAAAUGACAACAUUGGUUAAUUAAUGCUAGUAUAGUACACAUUUGGUUUAUUAGAUAUUUCUUAUCUUUACUAUUUAUCUACGUAAGCAUAGUGGACACUUUUUUCCAAACUCACUCGUAAUAAAUUGUAAAUAAUUCAAUUAGGAAUGAGCACAUAGUGAAAAUGUAGUAAGUAUUGUAACUGUAAUAAGAACGUUAAUUCUGUUAACACUUGUGGUUUCACAGAUAUUGAAGUUAAUAGUACAAAACAAGCAUUAUUAUGUAAUAAUCUAUUAUAAUUCUUAAUUCUAUUCACUAUAUUGAUGUCAGUUAAAUUUUAAAUUUCAAACACAAAGAAAACUAAAUACAUCCUCAUUUUGCAUAAGUACAAUUUAAAUUUUCAAAGGAGAGCAAUAAGAGAUAAUAGAGUUGAAACACAUCAUGAUUAUCUAUUUUGUUAUCGGAGAUAAGGCUGUUCAAUUUACUGAAUUGAUGAAAAAGAGCGAAUACGGCGCUGUGCAUAAUCUUUGAUCUGUCAAUAAAGAAAUAAUUUCACUUUGAAUAUUC